AUGGGUAUGAUUAAAUUUUAUGGUGAUACACCAUCGUUAGCAAUAUGGGAAAGUGUUCAAGAUUUCAAACAUAUUUCUCAUCUUGAAAUGAUCAGUGGUUUUGAUGAAGUUUGUACUAUUGCACCACUUGAUGAAAUAGGUCGAUUUUGGCCAUUAGAAUCUCUUUUACUCGGAGAUGUAUGUGGAGAAGAUAUCAAUACAAAUCAUCUUCGUACUAUAAAAUCUUUAACACUUCUUUAUUGUUGUGGUUUAAGUUUCAAUUCAAUUUCUCUUGAAGGUCCAAGUCAACUCAAUGAAUUAAUAAUUAUUGAAAAUGAUGCGUGUGAUCAUUUCAUUAAAAUGAAAGAAGAAACUUGUUUAAUUAAUAAUCUUUCUCAAUUAAAAAUUCAAAGUACAAAUGGUUGUGAUUUUUCUCAUCAAUAUGAAAGAGAAUGUUUUGGUAAAACAUUAAUUCAAUGUAAUUCACUUAAAUCUCUUGAUCUUACAUUACAUGAUUUAUCAGACGAUUCUCCCAGAGAAAAUUAUUUAAUUGAUUUACCUUAUUUUUUUCCAUCUAAUAUCGAAAUUCUACGAUUUAGAGGGCCACCCUCAUUAACAAAUCAUUUAUCUGUUUGGCAAAAAUGUAUUGAAGAUCCAAAAUGGUUACCAAAACUUAAAUCUAUAAAAUUCUCUUUGGAUGUUACUUUUAAUGGCAAAGAAAUACCAUUAGAAACAGAAAAUAUUGCACAUCAACAAUGUUUGCAACUCUUAAAUGAUCUCGAAUCAUUUCGACCAUCAAUCACGAUUUCAACAUUUUCACAUUAA